GCGCAUGCGCGGGGCUGUGUGCGCUGGAGGAGCGAUGGGACGCGAGUGAAGAAGUGGCGAGGAUCCCUCUCUGCAAACCGGGUCUAAGAGAUGGCCUCUUGCUCAGAGGUCUGUGGGUCAGAGCGCUCAGCGCGCUUUAAAAGCAUGGCAGGCUCUGGUUGCCAUGGUUUCGGAGUUCGCUCCUACCUGCACCAUUUCUAUGAGGAGUGCACGGCUUCCAUGUGGGAUCAAGAGGACGCUCAGAGUCAGACUACAUCACCACAGUGGUGGAGCUCAGGUCUCUGCAAGGUUUCUCUUGCUUUUGGAGCAGUAGUUUUAGCCGUGGGCUUGGUGGUCCUGACAGUGGGCUUUGCCGUCCCCUCCCGCAUUGAAGCCUUUGGAGAGGGGGAGCUGCUGUUUGUGGACCGCCAGGCCGUGCAGUAUAACCAGGGGCUGCAUAUGUGCGUGCAGGCCGGCACAGGCAUGCUGAGCCUGGGAGGGCUGCUGAUGGCUGCUGGGCUGCUGGUGUCUGCCUUCUCCAGACCAGCGGGCAGAGAGGGUGAGCACAGUCCACAGACCACUGGGAAAGAGAAGAAGGGGGGCAGUGGAGGGCAGAUUGGAGCGAUUGGAAGGAGCAACACAAGCCUCGUCACUAAAGCUCCGAGCCCAGCAGCAGGGGAUGGGGCUGUACCUGUCAGUCUCUCUAAGGUGGAGAACAUCCAGCCUACUCCUUAAAUAACCCACCCAAACUCAGCCCUCUAAAGACCUGGAUACACUAGGUAGGCCUGUUGUGAUUUGAUCCAAAGAGAGAAAAAUCUUACCAGUGAUGAAGUUUACACCUGGUCGUUUUAAGUGUCUUAAUUAUCAGGAUUAUAACAGAACAGAGAUUAUCCACAUAAAAGAAUGUAUGUGUGCACCCGAUACAAAUACAAAUCCCAUAUCACUUCAGGAGGCGACAUAUUCUGGCCAAGAGGUCUUCAAAUCUGACCAUUUAUCCAGUUUUUAGUUCUGAACUGCUGAUGUAAUUAUUAAUUACCUACCAGCGAUUACAAAAUCCAGAAUGUGGAUUCAAGGUUCAGAUGUGAAGACCUCUGUACGCAGAUGUUAUACAAGUGUAAAUACUCUAGAUGUCCAGAUCCAGACACUCUUUCUAAUUAACAAUCACCAUGCCCAAUAUCAAUCUUGGACUAAAAGUUAUAAAGCCCCCCAACACUGGACUGUGAAGCAAUGGAACUGCGUCCUCUGGAGAGAUAGAGCUCCAUCCAAUACCUUUGGGAUGAGUUGGAGUGGUCUAGAACUGAUCAUCCAACAUCAGUACCUGACCUCACUAAUGCUCUGGUGGCUGUCUGCAAUCACGUCCUCACAGCAAUGCUCCAACAUCCAGUGUAAAGCCUUCCCAGAAGAGUAGAAGCUGGAUUUCAGAAGAAACAUGGGAUGAGUCAGUGUCUACAAACUUUUGGACAGCGCACAUUCAUUACUUCAUAGCACAUGAUCGUGAUGAUUGGCCUCUUGUAAACAUUGAUUGGCAAAGUUGUCGCCUUCCGCUAUGCUUAAGGACAUGACCAACGCCCUCCAGAACCCCAUGUUUUAAAUAGAACAGAUAAAAGAAACCUUCAUAAGGCCAUUGGUUGUCAUGUUAUCAACUGAUUUGUACAUUGCACCCCAUAUAACAGUUGGCUUUCAAUCUGACAAACCAGAAAUGUAUUUGAUUACUGUGCAAAAGUGGUUGUCAGGAAAUAAUGCAGAUAGAAGUCGCAUGAAAUGACUGGGCGUAAAUGGGGUCAGUAUCUCACACCUGAAGAGACCAUGUGCAAAGACUUGGGACUUUUCUGAACCAAUGAAACAUAGAAAGUUUGGGUUCUAAUAUUUACAAUUUCUGCUGCCACCUUUGUCAAAGGAACAAACAGAGCAAACAAGGCGAUUAAAAUCAAAUUAGGUCAGAAUCAAGUCCAUAAAUAUUGCAGCUUGUCUUUGCAGUGAAUCCUGUUCGUUCACUGCGCUGAAUUGGCAGCUGCUGUCCAUGUAAUUGUCAUGAGAUUCCAAUAUCUGCUGCCUUGGUGUAUCCAGGCCUUUCUGAGAAAUGAAAAAUGUCCAGGGAGAAAAUUGGUUGCAAAUGGUUUCAUUUAGUGUGUGGUAGUCUGUGCAGUCUCUAAUUGAUUUAUAAUUUAAAAUCAAUCAUGUCAAUCGUGCUGUUCAUUAUUAUUGUUAGGAUCAUUUCUUUCUGUUUUCUGUUCGAGAUAAAAUCAGAAAUUGCUUGGUAACAUGGUUACUCACAUGGCCAAGUUAAUGGUAAAAAAAAUCAGAGGGUCGACUCACACUCACCCACUCCUUUGUGGUUACCUGGCAACCUCUUGCUCAUAUAAUCCACCUUAUUGAGUGGCACAAUGAUUAUAAUGAUGUUGGAGUCGUGGCUCACUUCCUCAUUUACGGCAGUCCUGAAGAGGAACAUGGUGUUGUUGAUCUGCAUAGGCACUUCAAUGCAAUGUACCUUAAUCGCUUCACCUAAAGGAGCACUUGAGUCAAAAUGUAACCACUGGAAAUCUGUUGUAAAUAUACCUGUUCACCUCCUACAGUGGUGCCACAGUAGUUUCUGGAGCACAGUUUUCUGGUUUAAAGACUAAACUCACCUUCUGAAGAGGUAUCUUAAUGGUAAGAGGGACUUAGUAGGUACUGAGAAGUACUACUUGAGGGUGGACUGAAGGUCAGUAUGGUACGCUCUUACAAAAGAUGGUUCUUCAAGGGUUCUUUAGUAAAAAAAUGGUUCUAUUUGCAUGAUUAAUGGGUUCUUUGCAUCGUGAAAGGUUCUUCAGAUU